UGUCGGGCGUGCGAUUGCAUCGCAUUUAUGUUAAUUUACAAACAACAUCGAUUUGUUAUUUUGUGAUUGUUUAUCAUAACAAUACAGAUCAAUCCAGUAAAAUGCAAGAAGAUUUAGAAGUCACUGGUAUAUCUCGUAGCGGUCGUGUAAGGAAGAAGAGUUCAAAAUUAAUGGAUUUUGAAUCGCCCGAUGACAUUGAGACGAGAUUCCGUCGACAGACGCCCGUUAAAACAUAUGUCGGCUUUAGACAGGAAGACUCUCAAGAGUUCUCGUCCCAGGACAGUGCUCCGCCCCGUCAGGUCGAAGAAGCGGGGACUGCGUCAGGGUCGGAGUCUGAUUACUAUGAUAAUCCUGUGGAAAAUGCUGACAGUGGAGAGCCACAAAACUGCAGCAUGGAAUCUGACAGCUCGGCCUCGGACGAUGGCUCAGCCCGCACGCCUGCCAACUCUCUUUACAUGAUGGAGAAGAGCAGUAAGAAGAAGCUGAUUGUGAAGGACGGGAGGGUAGUGGGCAGGGCUAAGGCUCAGAGGAAGGAUAAAGGUAAAACCCGCAUAACUGCUUACAUGAUGUGGGCAAAGGAGGCGCGCAACGAACUCCUGCGCAAACACCCGGACAUGGACUUCUCAGCGAUAUCCAAACGAUUGGGAGAAAUGUGGUCCAAUGUGAACUACAAUGAGCGCUACCUGUGGAAGCGUAAAGCGAAACGCUUCGCGAUGCAGAAGGAACAAUCUAACCAGACCACCAACAAGAUCAUAUCUAAUCCAACUCGUCCAUUAUCAUCGUCUGGUCCAGGCCGCCCGCCCCGCGCGGCGCCUAGGGCGGCUCCCGCUCCGCCCGCGCCCACAUCCAAUGCUCUAGUGCCGGUAGUGAGUUCUGGCAGCGGGGGCGCGGUGAGCGUGGGCGGGGGCGCGGGCGGGGGCGCGGGGGGCGCGGGCGCGGGCGUGUACCGCGUGACGGGCUGCGGCGCCGUGGACGUGGCCGCGCAUCUGCGGCUGCUGGGGGAGAGCCUCGCCAUCAUCGGGGAGCGGCUGAAGGAGCACGAGGGUCAAAUCGCAGUAUCCGGAUCGGUGUCAGUCUUGCUGGACACACUGCUGUGCUCGCUCGCUCCAUUGCUGAGCGUUUGUCGCGCGAUCCCGGCUAUCGCUCCGCCAUCGCGACUUCUGCAGGACACGCUACACAACAUAGCUUAUAUCAUGCCUGGCUUGUAAAAAUAUUCUGGUACUAUAUUAUAUAUUAAGACCAACGAGACGAGAUAAAGAAUGUAAACAAAUUUUCAGGGGUUCAUGACAUUU